AUGUAUCUGUAUGUGUUUACCGUAUAUGUCUUUAACACGGAGCUAUAUAUAAUCCACCAAAUCCCCCUCCACCCCCACCCCCCCACCCCCCCCGCCCCUCCCGCAAGAAAGCAUCAAUAUGUCUGGACGUGGUUAAGGAAGCAAAGGCCUGGGAAAGGGGGGCGCCAAGCGCCACAGGAAGGUUCUGAUAACAUUCAGGGUAUCACCAAGCCAGCUAUCUGUCGUCUUCCCCGACGAGGUGGUGUGAAAAGUAUCUCUGGUCUGAUCAACGAAGAGACCCGCGGUGUCCUCACGGUCUUCCUCGAGAACGCCAUCCAUGAUGCAGUCACCUACACCGAGCACGUCAAGAGGAAGACUAUCACAGCCAUGGAUGUCGUCUACGCCUUGAAACGCCAAGGCCGCACUCUGUACGGAAUUGGUGGCUCGACGCCAGCUCUUCUCGGACUACCAGCAACGACUACCCAACAGCCCUUUUCAGGGCCAACUAAAUCUUCCAGUCUUUCAGUCUGA